CGCAGCAUCCUGAAUGAGCUACGUUUAGAGGGUAAAUUCUGCGAUGUAGUCAUCAAAGUUCAGAGCACAGAAUUCAACGCCCACAAGAACAUUUUAUGUGGAUGUAGUUCAUAUUUCAGGGCUCUGUUCACAAGCAACUGGGAUAAAAACCAGUAUGUGUACAACAUCCCCGGUGUGUCAGCAAACAUGAUGAACCUCAUUAUUGAGUACGCCUACACACACUUCAUCCCCAUCGCCGAGGACAACGUGGAAGAGCUCCUUGUCGCAGCUGACCAGUUCUCCAUCAUGGAUGUUGUUCAUGCUUGCUGCGACUUCCUGGAAGCUCAACUUUGCGUUGAUAACUGCAUUGGAAUCUACAAAUUUGCAGCCUUCUAUUCAUGUCAGGAGUUGUGUCAGAGCGCAUUCCUCUAUAUCCUGAAUCAUUUUGAAGAGGUUGUUAUGUCAGAGGAGCUUCCACAGCUUUCGCUACAGGAGCUGUGUGAUAUUGUGGGGAGGGAUGAACUGAAUGUGAAAAAGGAGGAGGUUGUGUUUGAUGCCAUCCUGAGAUGGAUCUAUCAUUCUCCCACCGAGCGCAAGGCCUUCAUCGGACCCCUGUUAUCAAAGAUGCGAAUGGCUUUGAUAAACGCAGAUUAUCUCAUGAACAAUGUGAGGGGCAACCAACUGGUAUGUCAAAGUCAGGAAUGCAGGCUGCUCAUCCUCAAUGCUCUGAAAUCCAUGUAUGAGCUCAACAUGACUGGACCAAACAAAGACAACUUUCUAAAUCCCUUGGCCCGCCCUCGACUACCUUCCUCCGUCCUGUUUGCUGUCGGCGGCUGGAGCGACGGCAACCCCACCGAUGUCAUUGAGACAUAUGACAUACGUGCAGACAACUGGGUGAAAGUCAGCUGUAGAGUGGGAAGUCUGCGAGCCUAUCACGGCACAGCGUACCUCAAUGGAUUUGUGUAUGUUAUAGGUGGAUUCGACGGCAUGGAUUACUUCAACAGCGUAGAGAAGUUUAACCCUGUCACACAUACCUGGCACCAGGUUGCUCCCAUGCACUCACGGCGUUGUUACGUUAGUGUGACCUCGCUGGAUGGGCACAUAUACUCAAUGGGUGGCUUUGAUGGCUACAUCCGGCUAAACACAGCAGAACGAUAUGAGCCUGAAAGCAACCAGUGGACUGUGAUUUCACAUAUGCAUGAGCAGAGAAGUGAUGCCAGUGCCACCACCCUGAAUGGCAAGGUGUAUAUCUGCGGAGGUUUUAAUGGUAGCGAGUGCUUGUUCACGGCUGAAUGCUACUGCCCACGUGCAAACCAGUGGACAUUCAUUGAGCCAAUGCGCAGCCCCAGGAGUGGACUUGGUGUAAUAGCCUGUGGAGGCCACAUCUAUGCAAUUGGUGGUUUUAAUGGAAUCAGUCGACAAAGCAGUGGCGAGGCCUACAGUCCCGAGACUAAGACGUGGCACCGUAUUCCCUCCAUGUUCCACCCACGCAGCAACUUCGGCACAGCGAUAGUGGACGGUUUAUUGUUCGUAGUGGGUGGCUUCAAUGGUUUGGCCACCACCUGUAACGCUGAGUGUUUCAGUGAGAAGACAAAUGAAUGGUAUGACAUCCAGGACAUGGGUGUUCAUCGCAGUGCUCUGAGCUGCUGUGUUCUUACAGACCUCCCCAGCUUAGCCCAGUACACCAUCCCCCGUGCUGCCACUCCGUCCCUGCCCAAGGGUGUCUGUUGCAAAGACAACUGA